UGGGAGGAGACUGAAGAAGACGCCCAGCAAGGACUGGGCAGGGAAAGGAAUCAGUAGACGAGUAAGGGGUGUGCUGCAUCCUUCAGCCUUCCACUGCCACACAGGAGGAUGCAAGCCCACAACGCAUCUGCCCCACUCAACUUCACCCUCCCACCCAACUUUGGCAAGCGCCCCACCGACCUGGCGCUAAGCGUCCUCCUGGUGUUACUGCUCCUCCUCAUCAUGCUUUCGCUGGGCUGCACCAUGGAGUUCAGCAAGAUCAAGGCUCACUUAUGGAAGCCUAAGGGGUUGGCCAUCGCCCUGGUGGCACAGUAUGGCAUCAUGCCCCUCACUGCCUUUGCACUGGGCAAGGUCUUUCGGCUGAAAAAUAUUGAGGCACUGGCCAUCCUGAUCUGCGGCUGCUCACCUGGGGGAAACCUGUCCAAUGUCUUCAGUCUGGCUAUAAAAGGUGACAUGAAUCUCAGUAUUGUGAUGACCACGUGCUCCACCUUCUUUGCCCUGGGCAUGAUGCCCCUCCUCCUGUAUAUCUACUCCAAGGGGAUCUAUGAUGGGAACCUCAAGGACAAAGUACCCUAUGGUGGCAUUAUGGUAUCACUGAUCCUGGUUCUCAUUCCUUGCACCAUAGGAAUCAUCCUCAAUGCCAAACGGCCACAAUAUGUACCCUAUGUCACCAAGGGAGGGCUGAUUAUCAAGCUUCUGCUUGCUGUGGCCAUCAUAGCACUCUCUGUCAUCAAUGUGGGCAAGAGCAUCAUGUUUGUCAUGACACCACACUUGCUGGCCACCUCCUCCCUAAUGCCUUUCAUUGGUUUCCUACUGGGUUACCUCCUCUCUGCUCUCUUCCAGCUCAAUGGACGAAGCAGACGCACUGUCAGCAUGGAAACCGGAUGCCAAAAUAUUCAACUAUGUUCCACCAUUCUCAAUGUGACCUUCCCCCCUGAAGCCAUUGGGCCACUUUUUUUCUUUCCUCUCCUCUACAUGAUUUUCCAGCUUGGAGAAGGGCUUCUCUUCAUUGCCAUCUUUCGGUGCUAUAAGAAAAUCAAGCAUGCCGAGGAUAAAAGAAAAAUGAUCUAUACAGCUGCCAAAACUGAAGAAACAACUCCAGGAGUCCUGAGAAAUGGCACCCACAAAGGGGAGGAGGGCAAGCCUUGCACAGCCAAGCAGUCACCCCAUGGCCUGGAUUCUAGUCAGAAUCAUUCAGAAAGCCACUGUGAUCAACCACAGAACAAGGUGACAGAACACCAGUCUUGCCUCAGUCUUCCACCAGUAUUUCCAGAAGAAACUAUCAGCAGCUUCAAGCCUUGCCUGGAAGACAGGGAGUCUACCCAAAGAGCCUCACCUAUACCAGUUCAGAAUUGACACUUUUUAAAAAUACUUAUUAGCAGCCCCAUGAAGGCAGGAAUCAAAAUUGCCUUUUACCCCUGCAUGUACAAAACAAUGCCUGAGAGGCAUAUAAAAAGCACUGUUUAACUAGCCAAUAAAUGGGUUUUCUACCCUAAAACUAA